GAAUGGUUCGUCUCGAUAACAUUACUACAUCCGGGGUCUUUCACAGCAUUACAAAAAGAACGAUCGGACGAUUUUAGUUAGUUGCUCCUGCAAUUUAAUUAAAUACAACGAAUCUCAAUGAUUUGAAUGCGAUUUUACCAACUAGGCACUCAGAUUUUUCAGUUUUUUCAAAGUUUAUUUCGGUCACUACCAUCAGUUAAGAUGACCACUACUAGGGCGCAAACCAAAGAGAUGUGGCGAACGGCUGACGCUGUGUGCUUCGAUGUGGAUUCCACAGUUAUACAGAAUGAAGGCAUUGAUGAAUUAGCAGCAUUCGUUGGUGCAGGAGACAAAGUCAGUGAACUCACCAAAAAGGCCAUGGGUGGUGGCAUGACAUUCCGUGAAGCAUUAUCUAUACGACUGAAGAUUAUUAGGCCAUCUAUUAACCAACUCACAGAUUUUAUCAACCAUAGACCUCCAGCACUUACACCAGGAAUAAGCACUCUAGUCUCAUUACUACAUCAGAGAGGAGUUGAUGUAUAUCUCAUAUCUGGAGGAUUUAGGGAACUCAUAGAGCCAGUAGCAAAAAUACUCAACAUUCCCAAUGACAACUUAUUCUGCAAUCGUAUCAAAUUUUACUAUGAUGGCGAUUAUGCUGGAUUUGACGAGCAUCAACCAACUUCUGAGUCCGGGGGUAAAGGACGCGUCAUCAAUCUGUUGAAGUCUAAAUAUGACUACAAGAAACUUGUGAUGAUCGGGGAUGGUGCUACAGACAUGGAAGCCUCACCCCCAGCAGAUGCAUUUAUCGGCUUUGGUGGCAAUGUUCAGCGACCAGCUGUUAAGAAAGGGGCCCCUUGGUUCAUUGAAAACUUCCAGGAGUUAAUAAAUGAGCUUGACGGCACUGCUGAGGACAAUAGUGAUGAUAUGGAGUCCUAAUCUUGGGAGUCUAAAAACGUUAUAUAUUUUAAAUUGCAUUGUUUUUAGUCAUUCAAUGAAUAGAUACUUAGAGGUGGGGGGUGAUCGAUUAGAGCUCCAGAACUUCUAAGACCCCAUCAAUUUGUUUUUGAAAAUCAUUGAUAUAUUAUAAAUUUUUAAGACAAGUAAAAGUAAAAAGUAUGAGGUGUAAGAAAUGGGUAUAGAAAACGCUCCAGGAGUUCACAGUUAUCCUGACAAAGUAUCUGUGUGAUCAAUGGUCCAUGAAUUCAUUGAAGUGAACUAUAUUCAUUCAUUGAACUCUAAAUGUCCUUGAGCCCAAAUUUGUCCUCAAACGAGCGAUGAAACCUAAAUAGAUGCACUGAAUCCCGUAGCUUCAUUCUUAAACCUCUUAUACCUAAACAUUUUUUGGCCUCAUGCUUUUUAUUAUUGAUAGUUUUGUUAUUAAUAGCUCCCCCACCUCUAACGUUGCAGUCAGUGUACACGAGGCAGCGUCCAUAUACCCCUUUAUUCACCAGAUAGGGCUGCAUUGACUUGCAGUGACUAUUGUGCCAUACAAAUUGACAGUAUCACCUUAUCAACAGUGCAGCCUCCUUUGCUGAUUGGGAAUUCUGGGAGGCAUUAUCCUCUCUGGUCAUUUGUCAUUUGCACAAAAAUGCAGAAUUAUUGUUUAAAAAUUCAGGUAUGCCAUUGCCAUCCUCCUUUGAAUGCUCAAAAAUGGCUAUUUUGCCAUAAAAAUUCUGGGAGACAAUCCUCCAUGGAAAGAAAGAACAGAGUACUUAUGAGGAUCUCAAUGUUGAAUUAAACUGAAUGACAAUAUCAACUGAACUGUUUUGCAGUUGGUGUUUUUGAACUAUGGGAGUCACACCUCCUUUGAAUUUUUAUUGAACUAUGGGAGUCACACCUCCUUUGAAUUUUUAGUGUAAAGAAUUGAUCUCAACGUUUAAAACUACUGGGGAACAAUAGAAAGAUUUACAAACAUGACAUUUAGUGAGCAUUAAUUGUGACAAGUUAUUUUUGUAUAUCUUACAUAUGAUAUUUUAGAGGUAACGGGUAAUAUUCCCAUCCAUUUCUUCAUGUAUGUUUCUAGCAAUCUGAUUGGUCUAUUUUUCUAUCGGCUGACAAGUUUGGUUUUUGAAAUGACCCAGUCGGUAGUUGAUUACCAGAUAUUUCAUAUGUAAAUUUCUUAUAUGUUUAGACUGGAGGUUUAUGUUUCAACGUGCUUUUUGUUUAUUUUGAAUUUUUUGU